UGGUCACGUGAUAAGCAGGUCAGCUUGUAACAAUUUUAUGCAAGUCAUGUCUGCGGCGGAUAACGCUGAAUCAUGAAUGCACGAUAACUAGUGUGCAGGUCUGCACGAGCUCCAAGUUCUCUAAACAUCUUCAGAGGACGAGCAGGGACAUUGCUUGCGAGCUGUGAACGAUGCCGUCGGUGGUCGAAAUUGCCGUCGUGGUGCUGAGUGUUGCCACUGCAGUGUUCUUACUCUACCCUGCCCCUCCGUUAUCUAAAAGACUGUCGUCAUGGAAACAGAGAGGCAAAAUAUACAAACACAAUGGCCUGGAGGUUUUCUAUAUUGAUGAGGCAGGCAGUGGGACAGGGACUGUGUUCUGUCUCCACGGUUUCCCAACUUUCAGCUACGACUGGAUCAAGGUUAUGCCAUACCUGAAGACUCUGUUUGCACGUAUUGUGCUGGUGGACUUCCCAGGCUACGGCUUCAGCGAGAAACCUGAAGACUACAAGUAUUCUGUAUUUGAUAAUGCGGACGUGGUAGAAAACCUGGCAGAGUCCCUGUCAAUAUCCUCCACACACAUCCUGGCACAUGACAUGGGAGACACAGUAACACUGGAGCUUGUUGCCAGGUUCAAGGAGAGAUCAGGGAAGAAAGGGUUGGUCCUGCAGUCCAUGUGUUUGCUCAAUGCCGGACUCUUCCCAGGGAAGUUUUUCCCAAGAUUAGUACAACGGGUUUUCCUGAUUCCGGUUCUAGGGAAAAUCGCUGCAAGAUUUACGUUUUUUGAGGGUUUCAGAAGAGGAGGAUUUGCAGAAGUAUUUGGGACAAAGCCGACGUAUGAAGAUUUUGAGGAUUUCUAUGCCGCUAUCAGAUACAGAGAUGGUAACCUUGCUCUGCCAGGCGUUCUUAACUUCAUCAAGGAGAGACAUGAUAAUGAAGACCGAUGGGUUCGUGGUAGCCUGAAAACAUCCCCCAUUCCAGUGUUGAUGGUGUAUGGGCCUGCCGACACCGUCAAUCCUUCCCCGACAUUUCCAAAUCAGUUCAGGAAAAUCGCUCCUCAACACAAGCUGAUUGUCCUGGGCAAAAACAUUGGCCAUUUUCCACAGUGGGAGGACCCAGAAACUACUGGGAAAAGCUAUGUAGAGUUUAUAAAGGGGCUUAGGUCCAGCAAGUCAAAACAGUAUGAAGCAGGGAGUGGGACAGGGACUGUGUUCUGUCUCCACGGUUUCCCAUCUUCCAGCUACGACUGGAUCAAGAUAAUGCCCUACUUGAAGAAUCAGUUUGCACGUAUUGUGCUGGUGGACUUUGUAGGCAUGGGCUUCAGUGAGAAACCAGAAGACUACAAGUAUUCUGUAUUUGACCAAGCAGACAUGAUAGAAAACCUGGCAGAGUCCCUGUCAAUAUCCUCCACACACAUCCUGGCCCAUGACAUGGGAGACACAGUAGCACUGGAGCUUGUUGCCAGGUUCAAGGAGAGGUCGGAGGACAGAGGUCUGGUCCUGACAUCCUUGUGUCUGCUCAAUGGUGGUAAGAGGGGUCCAGCGGGGUUUGGAGACAUUUUCGGUACCAACAAGCCGACGUAUGAAGAUUUUGAGGAUUUCUAUGCCGCUAUCAGAUACAGAGAUGGUAACGCUGUUCUGCCAGGGCUUCUUCACUAUAUAAAGGAGAGAUCUGACAAUGAGGACAGAUGGGUGAAUGGCGUUCUGAAAACAUCACCCAUUCCAGUGUUGAUGGUGUAUGGGCCUGCCGACCCCAUCAAUCCUUCCCCCACAUUUCCAGAUCAGUUCAGGAAAGUCGCUCCUCAACACAAGCUGGUUGUCCUGGACAAAAGUAUUGGGCAUUACCCACAGUGGGAGGACCCAGAGAAUACUGGAAGAAGCUAUGUAGAGUUUAUUAAGGGGCUUAAGUCCAAGAAGCCAAAACAAUGAGGGAAGAUGUUUCCUGGUUCAUUUGACUGUGAAUCAAAAGAUUCCCCAAUUCUUGCUAAAUUUUUGUCACUAGAACUGAAAUAAGAUAUUUUAAAAUCACUCUUAUUCAGUACCUCCCUCAGUCAAGAUGAAUUAGAGUACAAGAUCUUAUUUAGGAAAGAUCACAUUUAGAGGAUCUCUGUGAACCCUUAACAUUGAUUUCAGGAGUCACCAUUUCUCUUUGAUACAUCUUCUAAACCAUGGUGAAAUGUCUGUAGUAUCAGGCAAUGAUAGUCCUGUCAACAUUAUUUUUAUUGAAUGACACUUGCAUAAAGAUAUUAUAUAUUUUAGAGUUACGAAACCUCAUUUAGGCCAGACCAAUUUUAUUUCUUGUUUUACGGAUCCGUAACAUGUGAUUCUUUGGCAUUUGAUCUGCUACAAAUUUGUAAACCACAGACUACUUUUUCCUGAUGGUAGGGAAUUAUGGGACACUGUUGCUCUGAAUGAUGUCACUAACUUCACACUUUCUGGUACAGUAUUUUGUGUUGAUUUAAUAGGGGUGUCACGAUACAUAUGUUUCAUGAAUCGAUAUGUAUCACGAUACCCAUGUCAUGAUUUGAUACGUAUCACGAUAUCUAUUUUCGUGGCAUUAUUGCGUAAGUUUAGUUACGUUUUGAACAUUAAUAUUUCAUAUUUUAUAACUGUCCAUGAAAAGAUCAGCUUUUUCAUUCUCAGAGAUUAAAAAGUUCUAAUUGCCCAUCUUUGUGC